CAGGCGCGGCCUGGCAGGCCCGCGGGCUCCCCGCGGACCAGGCCCACAGGCCGGUCUGGGCCUCUUGCAGGCCGAGGGCUCAGGGCCGGGAGGCAGCCCGGCCAGGCGCAGGCCUCCUGCCUCGGGCGCCCGGCGGAGGCGCGGGGCUCGGGCCCUCGGCCUGCCCCUCGCGGCGCGCUCCCUGCCUGCGGGCCCAGCUCCCCGGGGCGCCGGCCUGGGGUGGGGAGGGCCGGGCCGCGCGGAGGCCGGGCGCCGGAGGCCCUGUCCGCCUCCCUCACACCCAAGGAGGACCCCGAUUCCUUUCACUGAUUGCUUUUCUGAUCCCCCUCAGCCUCCAAAAUGAUGCUGAGUCCGGACCAAGCCGCCGACUCGGACCACCCCAGCUCGGCGCACUCGGACCCGGAGUCGCUGGGCGGCGCGGACGCCAAGGUGCUGGGCAGCGUGUCGGACCUGGAGCCGGUGGAGGAGGCCGAGGGCGACGGCAAGGGCGGCAGCCGGGCCGCGCUCUACCCGCACCCGCCGCAGCUGAGCCGCGAGGAGAAGCGCCGGCGCCGGCGCGCCACGGCCAAGUACCGCUCGGCCCACGCCACGCGCGAGCGCAUCCGCGUGGAGGCCUUCAACCUGGCCUUCGCCGAGCUCCGCAAACUGCUGCCCACGCUGCCCCCCGACAAGAAGCUCUCGAAGAUCGAGAUCCUGCGCCUGGCCAUCUGCUACAUCUCCUAUCUCAACCACGUCCUGGACGUGUAGGACGGGG